CCUCCUCAUACCCCCCCGUCAAGCAGCCCCAGGUAGGUAAGCAAGAGUUCUCAAGACAGAGGACUUGAUCCCUCAGAACUCUCCUGUUGUUUCAUCUCCUGAGAAGCGGGGUAACUCGCGGUGGGACGCUGAGCUGCCAGCUUUCUUUAGCGAUGGGACUGGAAAUCCGCUGCCUGGCGCGCGGGCCCCACGUCGCAGAGGUCGUGUAAACCCGCGCGACUCGAUGAAGAACCCGAAGCGAACCUUCCAGAUGAGUUCAAGGAUGUUUGUCCCAGAAUGUUGUUCUUUGGCUUUAAAUUACACUCUCGUUUUGGGAAUUAUGUGCUUGUCAGGCUUCAGCAACUUGGCUACAAGUUCUUCAGACUUUUCAGGUUAUUUGUCCAAGGUAUUAAGAAAUUAUACGGAACACUCUUGUGAUGGAGAAUACAUCUCUGUACGCUGCCCUCACAGAACUACAAUCAGCAUCCAGUCAUCAUUUUAUGGCAGACAAAUGCCAAGCCACCAGAUGUGCCCAUCCCGCCACCCAUUCUCAAUUGCAGAAAAAUUCAAAGAAGAUACAUCUUGUUCUGCUUCUACCUCGCUUCAAAAGAUGUUGGAUGAGUGUCAAGACAGAAGGAGUUGCCAGCUUCUUGUCAACAGCAGACUCUUUGGAGUGGACCCAUGCCCUGGCACAAGCAAAUACCUCAUUGUGUGGUACAAAUGCCGACCAAAUGAAUACAAGAGUAAAGUUGCCUGUGAGGAGGACCGGUUAAGGCUAAGCUGUAAACGAAGCAUGGUAAUUGCAAUUUAUUCUGCUAUUUUUGGGAGAUCUCAAGAAGGAAGCCUGGAGUGUCCUUAUCAUAACUAUGGAGUUCCACCAGUUGAUUGUCUCUCGGGCACUGCACUACAGAUAAUGACCAGUCGCUGCCAUGGAAAGAGAAGCUGCAAUAUACUGGCUAAUUCCCAUGAAUUUGGAGAUCCUUGUUAUCCUGGCAUUCGUAAAUAUCUCAAUGUUAUUUACACUUGUGUACCAAAGAAGCUUCUGGAGGAAGUGCAACCAAGACCAACAAACUAUCAAAGCUUGAACCUUCCUCAGCACCCCAGAUCCUUUAAUCCAAACAUUAUAGGAGACGGGGUGCUGUCAGAUGUGCCUACUCGUAUAACUUCAGAGAGGCUGCCAGAAGAGAAAAAAGCACGGAAAAAAGCUGGGGUCUAUUCAAUGGAAGAGAAGCCUUUACUGCCCCCUUUGGAUGAGACUAGAAGGAGAAUGUUAAAUAACAGCAUGGAGUCCAAGCCCAUUGGUACAGAAAUGGCACUAUUAAGCAACAUACUUGCUGCCUAUUCUUUCAUUCUGGAGAAUCCUGAGCGAGCCGCCUUAUACUUUGUAUCUGGAGUGUGCAUUGGCCUCAUCCUCACUCUUUGUGCGCUGGUUGUGCAGAUCUCCUGCAGAACAGAUUGUAGAACUGUCCCUGUCAAGAAGCAGCAGAAGCACAUAGACAGUGACAGUGACAGCAGCGACAGUGACAGCAACUGGGACACUACUUCAGAUCUGUCAGCACGCCGCCAUCGGCGCUUUGAGAGGACUUUGAACAUGAAUGUUUUCACAUCUGCCGAGGAGCUGGAGAGAGCACAGAGACUUGAAGAGCGAGAGCGAAUAAUUAGAGAAAUCUGGAUGAAUGGGCAACCAGAUAUCCCAGGGACCCGGAGUUUGAACCGUUAUUACUGAAAUGGCAAGAUUCCAAAAAAACUUUUUUUUUCUUCCAAUGGACCUUUUGCUUUUCACUUUGGACAUAUAGCAAUUUGCCAGAGCCUUACUGACUUUGCAGGGCAUUAAAAGAGGGCAAUAAUUUGUAAGCUUCAAUCAGUGAGUAUAAGCUUUUCAGUGGAAGCUGAAGAUUGUAUGUAACUUAGAGCCAGGCUCACACAAUUGAAGCACUGUUUAUACGACACGUUUGAAAUGAGAAACAGCUGCUACUCACUGCACUGACUGGUUUGCCAUUGUUUAUUAACAAAGUAUGAGGAUCUUAUGGAUUCCCAUGCAACCAUUAAACAAAUGAUAAAUUUUAUUGUCAAAUAUGACAGCCACUAAUUGGAUUUUUAGAACAUGGGCAAAUAUGGUAUUAAUUUAUGUCAUCUGUCUAAGUGUGGAUGUAUUUGGUCAUAGUUAAACAUUUUAUGUGGGCCCUUUCCUCAGUGUAAGAUCUUGUACAGGAAUCACAAUUAUGAAAACUUAAGUAGGAUUGCUAUUCCUGUUUCAAGCUGUCAGGACAGCGACAUGUCAAAUAGCAUACCUUGGGCUUCUGAUUGUCAGACGUUGUAGAUAAGCACAAAGAAUACAAGUCAUUACGCCUCUGUAUGCCAUACGUCUGCGCAUGUGUGGGACUCUCACGCUGCCACAUCCCCACUGUAUACCUAGAGGCAUACGUCUGUGUGAGUAUAUGGAAACAAAAAUACGCAUAUAUGUCACGCACGUCCUCAAAUGGCGGAUGAAGUGCUCCUUACGUUUAAAAAAAAUACAGAAAGUACCCAUUACCAUAUUAUGUUCUGCUAGCUAUUUCCAGAUAUAUAGUAUAUCUUAGUUUUCUGUAUGUCUUAAAUUUAAUGAAAAUAUGUAAAUCAAUCAGAACUUCAUUAAACGGUUAAAGCAUAUUGUAAUUCCCAUUAUAUACUCAGCAAAAUAAGAAACGUCCCUUUUUCAGGACUGUGUAUUCCAACAAUAAUGUUUUAAAAAUCCA